GAGCGUUGUGAGAUCUUAAAUUUGUUAUAAAAAUGGGUAUUCUUGAAGAGCAUAUUUCUAGUGAGGAACAACAAAUAGUCAAAUUGUUGAUUUCCAUUAUUUGCUUAUAUGGAAGCGAUGGCUUGCCUAUGGAAAAUGUGGAAAGCGAAUUCAUAGCUUGCUGUGGCUUUCCUAUACCAUGGAAACAGUUUGGGGCUUAUAGCCUUAGAUCGUGGCUGAUAACUCUGCCAUACAUUUAUAUUAUCGAAAACCACUUACAAGAAGAAGUAUUAAUGGAAUACAGCCCAAAAUCUGUACACAUUAAAGAUUUGAUUGUAAAGCAGAAACGUAAUAGCAGUAACAAAACCAACUGCAAUGGAAACAAGCGAAAGGCAGAUAAAGGCAAUGAUGAUUACCAGCAGCCUUAUAAAAUGAAGAAAAGGCUAGAAUGUGAAAAUCUGCCUGAAGGCUCGUUUAUACACACUUGCGUUAAAUAUGAACCUCAAGGAGAGCCAUCAAAAAAUGAAAAAUUUGAACAACUGGAAACAAUGCUUCCCCUCUUUUACAGGCAUCAAGCUCUUGGCGAUGACUUUUUUGUCGAUAUCGCAGAUACAAAAUUAGGAUAUUAUGUUCCUGAAAAAGGGCCGAAGCGAACAGGACUAUGUGCAGUUGGGCAGACGAUUUCUCAGCUAACAGACAAUGUGAGCAGAGCUCAACAUUUAGCUCCACGAGUAGUCGUGAUGAUUGGAUUUCAAGACCUAAUUGAUGGAAGCAGCAUAAGUAGCAUGAUAACUGAUUUAAGACAACUAGUAAUUGAACUAAAGAAAAAAAACACCCGUAUUACUCUUAUGACGCUGAUCCCAUCGCCAAAAAUGCCUAAUGUUCCACGAUUUCAAACACGUCUAGAAAUAUUUAACAGAGCUGUUUUGGACUAUGCUUCUGACUCUCUUUUGCCGUGCAAUGUUAUUGAUAUGAGUACCAUAUUCUUAAAGGAGACUGAGAAGUUUAAACGGGAUUUUGACAGGUUUAAAAAAGUAGCUAAGAAUGACCCGUACAAAGUAUUUUCCGACUAUGGCAGAAAAAUUUUUUUGAAUGCCCUGAAAUCUUGCCUGAAGGAACAACUCGAAUAUGGAUUCUAGGAAAAAAACUAAUUCAAAAGUGAAAAUCCGCGUUGUAUGAUGAAAGUAUUUUUCCUGUCAGUGUAUAUUUUAUUUCUUAAUAAUAUCACGGCAAAUGUUCAGAAAGAAAUACUCUCACUCUAUUUUAUGUAUUUAAAAUGUUAUUACAAAAUAACAUUAUCCAAAUAUAUUUAUUGAUAAUAAAUGACUAUGGCCAAACUGCUUGAUGCAGUACCAUGUGAUUUGAUUAUUUUUUUCAUGUUUGUAUAACAUUCUUGUAUCAAUGUUGUAAAUAGCUGGCACCUGUGAUAGCGAUAUUAAACUUUUAAAAUUUAAGUAUUGAGUUUGUACCUACUUUUCUGAAUGAACUAAAACAAUUUUUCUGUCGUUUCAUGUUGUUGUAGUAUUAUAUAACCUGCAGUGCGAAAUUUUAAUAAAACACUUUAGUCAUAUAGGAUUGUAAAA